AGGAUGCCCAGAUGGAGUCAAACUAUAUUUGGCUUCAUGGAUUUGAAGAGAGGAUCCACCUAGUGAGCAGGUUUCUCAUCUGUUCCUAUAGGAACAAGAAUUUAGGCAAAAACAUGGAAUGAUGAAUCAUUAGAAAUUCCCAAAAGAUGGGUUCCAUAUUUCGUGCUGUGAUCAUUGGUGCUCCUGGCUCAGGCAAAGGGACUGUGUCAUCACGAAUAAAAAGCAUAUUUGGUCUCAAACAUUUAUCUUCAGGGGAUCUCCUUCGGAGCCAGAUCAUGAAAGGAAGUGAGGUUGGUCAGGAGGCAAAGAAGUACAUAGAUGAGGGGCACCUCGUUCCCAACCAUGUCAUGAUUGAAUUGAUCUUGAAGGAAUUGGAGGAAAUUGGACCCCCUGGUUAUCUUCUUGAUGGCUUUCCACGAACACAAUAUCAGGCCGAGAUUCUGAAUGAUGAGCACUUGAUCGAUGCUGCUCUAUGCCUCCACGUCCCCUUUGAUGAGAUUGUCAGUCGAAUCAAGGACAGAUGGCUUCACCUACCCUCUGGACGAAUCUAUAAUCUCAGUUUCAAUCCUCCCAAAGUUCCUGGACGUGAUGAUGUCACAGGUGAGGAGUUGGUUCAGCGAGACGAUGACAAGCCAGAAUCAGUUCUGAAGAGAUUGGAAGUGUAUGCUGCCAAUACUCGUCCUGUGGUUGACUUCUACCGACAGAAGGGUACUCUUAUUGAGUUCCAUGGAAGAGAGACAAACAAGAUUUGGCCUCAUGUGGAAAAAUUUCUAGAAUCUGUGAUUCCUCCUCAGUCACAAAAGAAUGAGAGCUGAUAGUUUCAUUCAGUUAUGGUUACAGACUAUAAUUUUUUUUUUUGUAAAGCAGAUAUUUAUUUAUUUUCAUAUAAUUUUUUUUUGGAUGUUUAGUUCUGUGUUAUCUUUGAUUCAGUUAUAAAAAUGGUGGCAGCUAUUAGGUAAUACAGACUUUUAAGCGAAGUAUGAAGCAAAUGGAAUUUAUUGAUUUGUGGAUUGAAGAAAAUGGGUCAAGAGGAUAUAUCCUCCUCUUCCUCCAGGCUUCCAUCACUGUCAUCAUCACAGGUACUAGACAUUUGAGACUCAUUUCUGCACCGUUCACAGUCGCAGGAAAAUAAAUAAUUUUCCCUGAAAGUUAGAAAAAUAUGUUGAUUACAUUUUUGUAAAAGCAGCAAUAGUCUUUUAAAAACCAUAAGUUCAGGGCUUCAUAAAUACAGAUAUAAAAUAAUUAUCUUACCUGAGGAAGGAAUUUCUUGUCUUCCACUUUCUCUUAAGUGUGCAUUCAUCCAAAUAAGAAAUGAGGAUCUCAGUCCCUUCAGGGAUGUCUUGCAGAGCAACAACAGCCAAUGUAGAAUUGUUGUCUGGGAAUGUGAUCUCAGCAUUUGGCACACAGCUGUGAUUAAUGCAGCUCUGGAUGGAGUACAAUCCUGAGCCUUCUGUGUCCAGGAAGGAGCCAACCACUGUAGCAUAAAAAGUAAUUCAAUUCAUAAGAGGUACAUUUGAAAAAAUGAUAAAACUAGAAAUUUUUUUAAAACACCAAGCAAAUUAAGCAAGAUCAAAAACAAAAGCGUGUUACUUUCAGCUUCCCCCCCC